UCUCCAGACUAAGUCACACCAUGGAAUCAUUGGCAUCUGCAAAUGUGCAUUUCUCCCUUGAACUUUUCAAGAAGAUCUCAGAGAUCAACAAGACGGGCAAUGUGUUCUACUCUCCUCUGAGCAUCUCUUCAGCCCUGGCCAUGGUCUGCCUUGGAGCCAGGGGCAACACUGAGGCCCAAAUGCACAAGUCCCUGAACCUUCACAAAGUUGAGGAUGACGUCCAUGUUGGCUUCAGUAAGCUCUUUGCUGAACUAAACAAAGAGGGCACCCCCUACGCCCUGAGUCUGGCCAAUCGCCUCUACGGAGAGCAGUCUCUCCAGUUUGUUGAGAAAUACCUUGCUGACACAAAGACACACUACUGUGCUGAGCUGGAGACUGUUGACUUCCGUACAAAUGCAGAGGCAGCUCGAGUGAACAUCAACAAAUGGGUGGAGGAAAAGACUCAGGACAAAAUCGUGGACCUCUUGGCCCAAGGAGUUUUGGAUGUGGAUACCAGACUGGUGCUAGUAAAUGCAAUCUACUUCAAAGGCAACUGGGACAAGAAGUUCAAAAGCAUUCAAACAAAAAAAGUUCAGUUUAAGCUCAAUAAGAAUGAAAGCAAGCCUGUUAAAAUGAUGCAUCAGAAGGCCAAGUUCCCCUUCACCUACAUUCCCGACGCAGAGUGCCAGAUUCUGGAGCUGCCCUACGUGGGCAAAGAUCUGAGCAUGCUCAUUAUGCUGCCUAAUGAGAUGGAGGACAACACCACUGGACUAGAGAAGCUGGAGCAGAUGCUCACAUAUGAGAACUUUGUGGAGUGGACCAAGCCAGACAUGAUGGACACUGUUGAGGUGCAGGUGGGUCUCCCCAAGUUCAAGCUGGAGGAGGAAUACGACCUCAAGGAGAUCCUGGUGAGCAUGGGAAUGACGGACGCCUUCAACGAGAGCAAGUGUGACUUCUCCGGCAUGUCUCCCUGCGACGACCUUGUUCUGUCCAAUGUCGUGCACAAGUCCUUUGUGGAGGUGAAUGAGAAGGGCACUAAGGCAGCGGCUACCACGGCUGUCGUCGCGUCUAAUUCCUUCUCUAAUUCCAAGCCGCCCCCCAAGAGGUUCAUGGCGGACCACCCCUUCCUCUUCUUCAUCCGACACAACCCCACCCAGAGCGUCCUCUUCUACGGCCGCUACAGCUCCCCUUAAGCUGAGAAUGUAAGGAGUCCUAAUGUUUCUAUACUGUUCAAACUCCUGAUCAUGUGAACUGUUGAUUAAUUACCCUACCACAUGAUGGUAUGACCUCAUGGUGGGCCCAUUGUCACAUAUUGCUGCUACAACAACUUUUGAUUAUAUCUCUAACCUUUGCCUUUUUCACAGGAGAAACUAACUAGGAAGCAGGAAAUGUAAUUAAUGUGUACAUUGUCAUGUCUUGAUUAAUGCACUCU